AUGAGCUCGGAUCCUGCACCAACAGUGGACACCAUCACAUCCGUGGGUCCCACGGAUGUUGAGCUGGUCGUAAUCCCAAGCCACGCUUGCAAACAGGACGAUCCGUUCCUGGCCGCAUUUGCUGAGCCUUUCGAUGCGGAAAAUCCCAAGCACUGGCGUACCGGUCGCAAGUGGGCCGUCACGGAUGUGCUCUCCGCAACCGGGUUCAAUCGCAUAAUGGUCUCGACCAUCAUGGCGCCGGCGCUAUCUACAAUCGCCAGGGAGUUUGACAUGAACUCGGCAGAGUCAGCCAUGACACUGUCUAUCUACCUUUUGGCGACGGCAUUCGGACCACUGGUUAUUGGGCCGCUAUCCGAGGCUUCGGAGCGAGUGCCAUCUAUGCAUUGGCAAGCGGUGUUUUGGGAGAGGCCUGAGCAGCGGGGUCGCUCUCUUGGUGUCUACCUGCUGAUUCCUCUGCUGGGAGCAGCCGUCGGUCCAAUCAUUGGUGGCUUCAUGGCUGACCGCACCACUUGGAGGUGGAUGUUCUGGUCUACCUCGAUCUUCCAGGCGGUCAUGAUCUUGGUGUCCUUCACUGCAUUCCACGAGACAUACGAGCCUCUAAUCCUUCGCCACCGGGCGGGGCGCAUUCGCCAUGAGACGGGGGACUCUCGGUACUAUACCACAGACGAGCGCCUUCAUGCGAACAAGUCAGCGACGAGAAUACUGGGAAGAGCUUUAGUCAGACCCCUGCGGCUACUCACCCUUCACCCAAUAAUUCAAAUCGCAUCGCUCAUCUCUGCCUUCAAUUAUGGUAUUUUGCAUAUCGUGCUAUCGACUUUCUCCGACCUGUGA